CAUGUCCUUCGGGCUGCCGAGCCCAAGAAUUGAUCCGUCAAGUCCUGAAUAGCAGUUUAUAACUUCUCCUCUUUCACAUCGCAAACCUUCAUAUUCUGGAAUCUCUCUAUAUCCACCCUAACCUCCCAAGGGGCACUUCCGCUCUCAUCACGCUCUUUUCAGCCCCAUUGCCUCGGACAUGAUGCGCGUGUCAUUCGCCAAGUCGUUCUUUACUGUCCUUCUGGGCAUAUCUUCCCUCUCUCUCGUAUCCGGCGCGUCCCACAGGCUGUCCCACAGGCGACAUCAUCACAACGCGUUAUCUUCCUCCUCCUCGCUCUCGACCAGGACAACCAACUCCUCUUCCUCGCUCCCCAUAGCCACCCUCAACCCCUCCUCCUCUCUCAUCCUCUCCCCCGACUUUGAGAUCACCUCCACCCCGACUACGCGCGAAUACAAUUGGACCAUCCAUCGCGCACUCGCUUCUCCUGAUGGUUUUGAACGCGAAGUCACCGUCGUCAAUAACCAAUUCCCCGGACCGCUCAUCGAAGCGAAUACGGGAGAUACGAUCGUGGUGCAUGUGAAUAACCUAUUGGAUAGCCCGCAGACUAUACGUGGGUUUUUGUGGGAGAACGUGCGUUAGGGAGAGUGAAGGUGCUGAUAAGAGGUAGAUUGGCAUGGUAUAUUCCAGAAUUCGACACCGUAUAUGGAUGGUGUACCCGGUAUCUCUCAAUGCCCCAUUCCUGCAAAUGGCUCCUUCACAUACCAAUACACCAUCACCAACCAAGCCGGCACGUACUGGUGGCACUCUCACUGGGCUGUCACUAUGGCUGAUGGGCUGUUUGGACCUUUGAUCGUACACUCACCAGACGAAACGCUCAAGAGAGGAGUAGAUUAUGAUCAUGAUCAGAUUGUGGUCGUCAAUGACUGGAUGCAUGAUCAAUCAGACAAUAUCGUGGCUGGUCUGACGAGCGAAGCUGGCUACAGAGGCACGGACAAACCUCCUCAAGGCGACGCUACCCUCAUAAAUGGCAUUGGCCAAGCAAGCUGUAUCGCCUCCAACACCACCUGCUCCCCACCUGCCCCUCCCACUCCCGCUACCAUCACCCUCCCAUCCAACGCCACCUCCCGUCUCCGCCUCAUCUCUGGCGCUUCCCACGCUAUGCUUCGUGUUUCCAUCGACGACCAUCCGUUGGAAGUGGUGGAGACGGAUGGGACGGAAGUUUGGGGACCGGUCGUGCAUGAAGUGGCAAUGUCGAAUGGGGAGAGAUUCAGUGUUCUUGUCAAUGGGACAGAAGGGGAGGGGGAGUUCUGGAUGAGGGUGGGCACGGCGGCUUAUUGUUUGCCGUAUGGGGUGGAACAGGUUGGCAAAGCUAUUGUCCGAUUUGGUUCUACGGACAGUUAUACUUCGACCUCCGAGCCUACCAGUCAAGCAUGGGAUGAUUUGAAAGCUUGGAAUGCUACCUGUUCUGGGCUCGAUGAGGACUACCCUUUGGUCCCUCGAGUUUCUCAAUCAGCUUCUGCAGAUGCGUUCACCACUCAAGUCUUUGAUAGCGUAGCAGGCGUUUUCACCUACGUCAAUGGUCUAUCUCUCAACGGCUUCGGCUUCAACAACGUCAGCUACCAAAACCAAAUAUACAACCCCCUCCUCUCCCUCUCCUACGCCGGCAAGUCUUACAACACCUCCCUCGUCCCAUCCGUUUCCUUCGACGCCCUCGGCUCCGGUAACUUGAUUAUCAACAAUCUCGACACCCUCAUCGACCACCCUUACCACAUGCACGGCAACAGUUUCCAGAUCAUCGGGCGCGGUACUGGGAGAAUGGAUGAGGCUGGCUUGGCGAGCGCGAAUUUGACGCUAGAGAAUCCUUUGAGGAAGGAUACGUUCUGGAUGCAGAGGAAUACUUGGGUGGUUUUGAGGCUGGUGACGGAUAACCCGGGUGUGUGGCCGAUGCACUGUCAUAUUGAUUGGCAUAUGGCUGAGGGGAAGCUUGCGGUCGUGGUCGUACAGCCGGAUGCGCUGAAGAGUAUGGAUGGACCUGACUCGUGGUCAAGCCUUUGUGAUGGCACAGAUUCCACCUACGUCGGUCCGGCUUGAGCUGGUAUUAUUGUAAUGAAGGAAAGAAAAUUAACGCCCAGGACAAUCAUGAUCGUCACCACCAUAGAAUUUGCAUAGACUUCAUAAUUAUCACAUCAUACUUUGUCACAUGUGUAAUCUUGCGUGGUCUUGAAGAGAGGCUCUUGACUUUGCUUUUGCAAUCACCAUAUCCAGCUCAUCGUUCAACAUUGACCUCAGCAGCGAGGGCAUACUCUGGACAUCAUCGCCUCCUCCUUGACACUCUGUGCGGCUCACUGAUGAAGUAAGGGCAAACUCUUCACUAGACAAGAUAACG